AAAUACGACGUCAGUUACUGCGGAACUACAACAUGUCAGCCUCCUGAUGUAAAAUUAAUUUUUCAGAAAAAUGAAGAAGAAAGAAAUUUCUGUUAGACCAGAGGUCUUUCAGGCGAUGCAAAAUAUUGACAUUAAAGCUCUGGAACAAUUUGAGCCAGGAUAUCUUCGACCAGUAUUGCCCUGUUUAGUAAGAACAGCUCUAUGUGCCUCAGUUGACAAAAGUCAGAAAUGGACAAAAGCUAGAAAAGAUGUUUUGAAAAUUUUAGCUGGAAUUGAAGAUGUAAAUAGUAUUGUAGCGCUCCUGUCUAUAGAUUUCCAUGCUCUUGAACAAGAUGUGAAAAAGGAGCAACAGCUAAGGUCCAAAGUUGGCAGUUCUCAUACUGACAGUGUUUUGAUCUCUCAAAUACAGAAUGGACUGGCUCUAGAAUUUGAACACAGUGAUCCUGCUCGUAGAAUUAGACUGCUUCUCAGUGAAUUACUUUUCAUUUUGUCACAGGUUAGAGAAAACAAGAUUGAUUUCUCUCAGAAACAGUGGGAAUUGUUUGACUGUGAAGUUUACCUAGAGGAAGUGUCUGAUGUUCUCUGUAUAGCAUAUUCAGAGUUACCAAGCCUUUUACCAAUCAGUGAUGUUGCCGAGGCCCUGAUGUACGUUCCCAAUGGAGCCUGGUUACUAUGCAGACUGGUUGCCAAUUCUCCAGAUAGCUUUAAAGAAGUGUGUCAGAGUCUCGUAUCAAGGGGAGAGAAGCAGGAUGAGGAAACAAUCAGUGGCAGAAAGCGAAUGGAUCUUAUACAAACUUUGUCUGAAAUGAACCCCUGUGAGGCCUUGUUUGUCAGGUCGAUUUGUGUUCUUAAUUGCACAAUGCCAGGUCUCACUGUAGCACUGACUUUGAACACUGUUAGCCAAUCAUCAAAGAGAUCAGGAGAUGAUGACCAAUCAGAGAGCUCCACAGAACCAGCCAGUGAUAUUGUUGCUUUUGUCAGUGGUUUGUUGCUUGGCAACAACAUAGAAGUAAAGAACUGGUUCUCACAAUUCAUCAAAUGUGGACAAAGGAGAGGGCGUGAACCGUCAAGCUCUAUGCUUCACACAAUGAGACAGCGUCUGAUAGAGCAGCUAGUCAGUAUUUUACCUCCACCUGGGGAGAGCAUAGAUGAAGGUCAUGUGAUCAAAGCUGGUUCUUUUAUCAGGCUCUUCUGUGCUUUGAAAGGGAUGGCCACACUGAAGUUUACAGAUGAGGAAAUGAAGUUGUUAUUAAGACUGGUGACAUCACAACCUCCUAUCAACCAAUCAGGUGCAAGAUUUGUGUCUCUAGGGCUGUGCAUGCUCAUAGCAUGUCCUUACAUAAUAGGGAGCCAAGAACAAGAACGCCAGGUAGCUGAGUGGAUCCGAUGGUUGAUAGCCUCGGAAAACCUUUUCCAAAAAAAAGCUGGGAAGAGUUCAUCAUUUGGAGAAAUGCUGUUUUUAAUUGCAAUUCAUUUCCAUGGCAACCAUAUGCAUGCUAUAUCAGAGUUAGUUUGUUCUACACUGGGAAUGAAGACUCAUGUAAAAGCCAAUGCUCUAGCUAGAAUUCGACAGAUUUUUACACAAGAUAUUUUCACAGAACAGGUGAUAACAUCCCAUGCUGUGACUGUGCCAGUAACCGAGGGUCUCAAUGGAAACAUGGCAGGCUAUUUACCUAUCCACUGUAUAUAUCAACUGUUGAAGAGCAGGGCUUUCUCCAAGUACAAAGUUCCUAUCAAGGACUGGAUAUACUCACAGAUCUCACAGUGUUCUUACCCAUUACAUCCUCUGUUACCCUCGUUGUUGGAAGUCUAUGUUAACUCAAUACUGGUGAAAAGUGCUAAAACUGAUCAUACCAACCAGCCAGUAGAAUCUCGAGAAAUAGCAGAUUUGUUCAAUGAAAAGCCUGUAUUUCAAAAGUGUGCUGUUGGAGAUGUGAACCUAACACCUCACCUGUGUAUGUUGUACUACAUUCUACUAUACCAAGACACACUGGAUAGUCAGAGAAAAACACUACUAUUGUCGGGUCGAAAUGUAGAAUCGUACCCUGACAGUCUCAUGUCAACUCUACCUAUCAACUACCUGAUCCAGCAAUCACAGAAAAGACAGGACUUGUAUGGUGGUCUGUUCUCAUCUCUCCUCAAGUUGUUAGUUAGUCAGUUCCCACAUCUGUGUAUCAUUGAAGAUUGGUUAGAUGAAACCAUGACACCUUCAUUGACGACUGGUCAUGUGACUACAGCUAGCAAGUCUACCUGUACCAUGGAAAAUUUUAGAAAAGCAUUAUCUACCCUGCCAGACUGUGCCACAGAUAUGUUGAUUGUUUUACAAAGGAUGCUCAGUCUACCAGUGGAAGAGUUACUCCCCUUUACAGAUGAGAUUGUCAAUUGUCUGCCCAUUAUUUUAUCAUCUUCUGUACCAAGGAAAGUUAAUGAUCUAGUGAACAGGAUUUGGUUCAAAAUUCACUCUCUCACUCCUCGAAGUCUACGCCUUGCUACAGUAAAUGCACUGAGACCGCAGCGUAAGAAUGAGUUCAAGUUUUCACAGUACACAGAGACAGAUGUGACGGUGGAUCCAUUGAUAGUGCUGCGAUGUGAUGAGAGAGUUUUUAGGUGUGCACCUUUGUUAGAGAUUGUGUUACGUAUCCUGUCAGCGUACACCCUGGCAUGUAGAGUAUACAUGGAGAAUCAUAUACAGUCAAACCCCGUGCUGGACGGGAACAAUCAGACUGACCAAGAUCGUCAGGAACUGAAGGGAGCGCUGCUAGUGGCACAGGAGAGUGCAAUAAUACAGAUACUGCUUGAGUACUGUAUGGAAAAUGAAAAUGAAAAACAGGAGAGGGAUGGUAUGUUAAAUAACCUACAAGAAGUGCGGUCCGUCUUGUGUUCAUAUAUACAUCAAACUUUCAUCUCAGAUCCUAACCUUGCAAAACUAGUACAUUUCCAGGGUUAUCCAAAUGAGUUGUUACCUGUUACAGUGCUAGGUAUACCGUCCAUGCAUAUAUGUCUCGACUAUAUCCCUGAAAUGUUGAGUCAACCACAGAUGGAUAAACAGAUAUUUGCCAUCAAGUUGACGUCCCAUCUAUGUUGCCAAUAUGCAUUACCGAAGUCUUUGAGUAUUGCCAAAUUGUGUAUCAAUGUGAUGUUUGCAAUGAUUGGAGUUCUUGAUGCAAAGAAACGGGUCGAGUUUUUCUCAGAGACAUUACCAUAUUUAGUGAAGAUUUGUCGAGCAUUUCCGCCUCUAUGUGAGGAUGUUACGAGUCUACUCAUACAAAUAGGGCGUGUCUGUCUGUCUCACCUUACAAGCUCCAGUAACGUCCCAGAAACAGAUUUCACAAGUGAUAUAUGUUGCAGAGUUGAAGAAAGUGAAGGUGAACCCGCUCAGAAACGUCUGAAAGUGCAUCAUGAACUAUCCGCUACAUAUCAUAAACUUUACAGUGUUAUACAAUCCACAUUCAAAGCCAUUGUCACAAAAUCAGUUGCAACUAAGGAUGUUUACUGAUAUGCUUUUUCAUACUUAAGAAAAUAAAAAAGAGAUAGA